ACAUAACCAUUGCUAAGGUAACUACACCUGGGGGCAACUGGACUGCAACAAGAACCUGGAAAUCACAGCCCCCUUACACACCAGCAGGUGCACGACAGCCAGACAAGAAGGGAUAAUAAACUGUGCCUAAAUUAAGCAUUAUUCUUCCAGUUCAGAUCAGGAAGAAACACUGAUCCCUGUGGAGUGCUAUGAAAAGGUGCUUCGGGAUACUCCUCCGGAAAAAACAUAUGAAGAAACUGAAAACUGAAAGCAGAGUGCUCUAACAGAUUACGAGUGCCUUGGCACUUAUGUCCCUCGACGACCAAAGCCCAGAUAUGCGCGGAACAAUGAGCCGAACCGUGGGAAGCCGAGAGGCGGUGGAAGGGCACACUCCCGACCCGCCAUCCCCUAGCUCUAGCCGGGGCACAAAUAAGUGGCGAGAAGGCGGCUCCGAGGAGGAGCAAUCCGUGCUGCUGUCAUUCGAGGAGCCCUCCUCCCUCACCGCAGACCCCCCACCGCAUCCCUCCUCAUCCCCUCCCUCUAAGCCGCAGUGCUGCCCCUCAGCGCCCGGCAGCUCUAUCGCACGCUGCUGUCAUGGAGGAGCCAAGAUGGCGGCCCUGGCCUACAACCUGGGCAAGCGGGAAAUCAAUCAGCAUUUCAGCGUGAGGAAUGCCAAAGCGCUGGCCUUGGGGGCCGUGCUGCUACUCUCAGUCUGCCAUGCCGUGUCCUGGGGAUACUUCCAAGGAGAAGGCACAUGCAAGUACCUUAUAUCCAGUGGGCGGUUCCUAGGAGAGAAAGUAUGGCAACCAUACAGCUGCAUGAUGCACAAGUACAAGAGCAGUGAAGCCAAGAGCUGUCUUGCAGAGCAAUAUGUAACAUUUGUUGGUGAUUCCCGGAUUCGCCAGUUAUUCUAUGCAUUUGUCAAGAUUCUUACUCCUCAAUACAAAGAGGAAGGAAACAAGCAUGAAAACAUUGUUUUUGAAGAUAAAGCUGCUGCACUAAAAAUUGAUUUUUUAUGGCAUCCAGAAGUCAACAACUCCAUGAAGCAAGCCUUCCUGUCUCUGAGCGAAAGUGCUAUAGCAAAGCCUACGAUGGUCAUAGCAGGUGCUGCCACGUGGUCGAUAAAGAUAAACAAUGGAAGCCGUGGAUCUCUUGCCCAGUACAAAGUAAACAUGACUGCCAUUGCACCUGUUUUGGAAAACCUGGCUGAGGUCAGCGAAGUCUACUGGUUCCUUCAAGAUCCAGUAUAUGAGCCAUCAUUAAGUGAAAGUCGCAAAAUGAUCACAAACAACAGGAUUGAUGCGUAUAAUGACAUUGCUGCUGGAAUAUUAAAUGGCACCAUCAGAAAAUCAAAAGUAAAAAUUUUCAGUGUUUCCAGACUAAUAUCUGAAGAGAUCAUCUCCGAAUCCUUAGAUGGUCUGCAUCUCCCUGAGCCAAGCAAAGAUAUAAGUGCCAUGAUUCUCAUGAAUGCAUUCUGCAACAAAAUUGUCAAUCCCAUUGACGGUUCAUGCUGCCAGCCUACUCCUUCCCUUACCAUCAUACAGAAAUUAGCUGCAUGCUUUUUUAUUUUUGCCAUGAUUGCUUUUGUAUCGGUGACCAUCGUCCAGCGGAACAAGCAUCGCAGGAACAAACAAUGCGAUGAUAUAGAGAGUGGGGAGGAGAAGAAGCCAGCCACAGCAACACCCGCUGCCUCCAGUCUGGAGAUUCUUCUCUUUUCUCUCAGCAAAUUGGGCCUUAUCAUGGCCUAUUUCUACUUCUGUGACAGAGCAAACCUCUUCAUGAAGGAGAACAAGUUUUAUACACAUUCUUCUUUCUUCAUCCCCAUCAUCUACAUCCUUGUGCUAGGAGUGUUUUAUAACGAAAACACAAAAGAGGCUAAAUUAUUAAACAGGGAACAAACAGAUGAAUGGAAGGGGUGGAUGCAACUUGUCAUAUUGAUUUACCACAUCUCUGGAGCAAGUUCUUUUUUGCCAGUGUACAUGCACGUUCGAGUUCUGGUCGCUGCCUACCUAUUCCAGACAGGUUAUGGACACUUUUCUUAUUUCUGGCUUAAAGGCGACUUUGGAAUUUAUCGCAUUUCCCAGGUUCUUUUCCGCCUGAACUUCCUCGUAGUGGUGCUUUGUGUAGUGAUGGACCGGCCAUACCAAUUCUAUUACUUUGUUCCACUGGUAACAUUUUGGUUCAUGUUCAUCUAUGCUACGAUGGCUGUCUGGCCUCAGAUACUCCAGAAAACUGCAAAUGCAAACAGCCUAUGGAAUUGCGGCCUGAUUAUCAAGCUUACUUUUGCUUUGCUAUGCAUAAUUUUUCUGUCAUAUUCUCAGGGCGCCUUUGAAAAUGUAUUUUCCCUGUGGCCUCUCUCCAAGCUGUUUGAAUUAAAUGGGAAUGUUUACGAGUGGUGGUUCAGAUGGAAGCUGGACCGUUUUGCUGUUAUCUAUGGGAUGGCGUUUGCCUUUAUCUACCUGUGGCUGCAGAAGCACCAGGUGCUCUUUGAAGGGAAAGGAGAAGCCCUUUUUUCCACCAAAGUUUCCAGCGUGCUGCUCUUCUUCUCUGUAGUGUCAUUCUUUACCUAUUCAAUCUGGGCCAGCAGCUGUAAGAACAAAUCGGAGUGCAAUGAGAUGCAUCCUUCUAUUUCUGUUGUGCAGAUUUUAUCUUUCGUGCUUAUAAGGAACAUUCCAGGAUACGCACGUUCUGUAUAUAGCUCUUUUUUUGCCUGGUUUGGCAAAAUUUCUUUAGAAUUAUUUAUAUGCCAGUAUCACAUUUGGCUGGCAGCCGACACAAAGGGAAUUCUGGUGCUCAUUCCUGGAAAUCCUAUGCUUAACAUAAUUAUUAGCACUUUUAUAUUUGUGUGCGUGGCACAUGAAAUUUCUCUCAUAACCAACGAUCUCGCCCAGAUUGUGGUGCCCAAGGAAAGCUCUGCCCUUACCAAGAGGCUUCUGUGCGUAGCUGGAUUCCUUUGUCUCCUUUUAAUGUUAUCAGCACUCCAGAACACCUAGGACUUGGUUUGUAUGAGAGACUGUGGGGAAUGGAUCCAUACAUAGCACGUGUGAUACGGGAAUACUCUGAAAAAGGCUGUAAGUGCUGUAUAUAUUUAUUCUCUGUACAAAACCAAUAUGGCUUCCUGAUGCAGUCGCCAGUGUGGAACAGUGCCACGCAGAACAUUUUGUACAAGAGCACUUCCGUUUACAUUAUUUCUCUUGUGAGGAACUGACAGUGGGGACUUCCCUGUGGUUAAAAUAACAGCAAAAGCUUCACUGACCACUCAAGCUGUGAAGAGGUUCCAUGAGCUGACAUCCCCUUUUAUUUUCCUUUUGGGGUAGGACCAGUUUGGCCUUUUGAUGGAUGUAAGUGCUUUGAGGGUGGCUUGUCUGCAGGGUGUACAGAUUUUAUUUUCUGCCAUUGUAGAUAAUAGGGAAUGUAAAAUUUGCAAUUAUUUUUAUUUCCUGGGGCAUUUUUGUGUGUGGAAUGAAUGUUUUCACUUACCGUAUGUUUGUAUGUGGGUAUGUGAUGGUCUCCAUCUUUGUAUCAAUCAAAAUUUGCGUUAGAAAUGGUUUAUAAAUACUUUAUUGUAAUGUGUGGAAAGAGUGUAAAAUGAUGUAUUUAUAUAUCUAUAUAUAUAUAUAUAUAUAUAUAUGACACCAGCAACUGGUUUUAUUUUGUGUCAAAAUUUGGCAGCUUUCUGUAACUUUACCUCUUCUAAAUUUGUUUACCUGAUUGGUGGGUAGUACAUCCAAUCAUUGGUCUCUCUUUUUUUUUUUUUUUUUUCUUGGACACAGGUGACAACAGCAGAUAGGAGGCUUUAUAUGGAGGAUCAUUAGAGGUAAUCAGUUGGUAUUGCUUAGAGGGGAAGGAAAGGUGGAUGCCAAGGAGUAAGGUACCCCCCAGUGAUUUUAGUUGCUUACCUCCUACACCAGGCACCAGCUCACACCGCCAUUUUGUUCCUAUGUCCCAGGCAUUCUCUGCAUCUAUUGAAGCUGGGCACAUUCACAGUACAGUAAUAAGUAGAAAAGAUCUGUACUGCCUAGGGUGGCAGAGGGAGUGGAAAAAAAUGGCAGCAAGGCACUCACAUGAGAAGCACCUGGCUGGUGCAUUUUUGUGGAAGAGUAGCGCCGGCCCGUGGUAGGAGGUAAGCAAAUCGACUAACAACUUGGCACCUACCAGUGAUUCUACCAUUUCCUUUCAGUGCUCACAGAAUUUCCUGUUUGUGAUCCCUUUAUAUUCAGUUUAUACAAUUAUAUAUAUAUAUAUAGAAUAUGCUGUGCCUUCCAUGCUGUUUUUACUUCAUUUGCAGUUCAGAUGCGCUUCAGUAAUGGAAACCAAGCUAUAGAACAUGUGACAUGCAUUCAUCUGCAUGGGGCUUUUCUUUUUGGGAAUCAGGACAGCAGCCCAUCUCCAUUAGAUCUAACAAAGGAAGCCAAGCUUAGCUCAGCAUUAUGCACUGCUUUCUGAAGCAAAUAACACUGAUAAUGUUGUCCUUCCAGCACAACAACCCGCUGUCCAAUCUGCUGAUAAGGGUCUGUCUAACCAAAACCUGUCUCCCCUUCCUGCGAGGGCUGACUGCUGUAGUCAGUUACCAACAAUGUGCAAUGUGGGCACUGUGGAAGACGGAGCCUGGACCUAGGUGUACAUGGCAGCAGGUGUAGGCAUUCAGCUGCAUGGCAUGGUAAAAUGGCGUUGUUAGAAUAUUUUUAUUCAAGCAAAAAUGGCAUUGUAAUCUAUAAGUUUUAUACUAUGUUUGUAUUUUACCGUCAGGUACCUGAUACUUGGAAACCUCAGGCUUUUCCAUUUAGAAUCAAUAGAACCUCCUUUAAAACCAGUGUUCCGAGGAAUUGAUGUACAUACACAUUUAUCUUGCAAGGGCUCAUUGACUCCUGUUUGAUCUGUCAUAGCAGCCCAUUGCAACGAGUGGUGAGAGUGCCGAGAACAAGUUAAGCUGUCAGCUCCUGGAGCGAGAAACGCACGGCAAUGAGGCAGAAUGGGAAUGUUCCAAGUACCAUUAGAACAUUUAUUUUUAUAUUUAUUAUAUAAUGUGGGUGAGCUAAUAAUUUAUACAGACAGAAAACUUCCUCCCCACUCACCCAUAGGAACAUAUCAAAGGAUAUAAUGCUGUAAAAGAUACUAAGAAAUUUUCCCCUAUUGUUUGUGCAGAUAAUAAGUCAGCCACCGAUGCCAUUCCCUGUUAUACUGUAUGUAAAGGGGAGGUUAGUUUCUUAGUAGCACAAAAUGUCCCGAUGUGCAAGUGCUUUUUGUGUCACUAAGCAGACAUCCCUGUUGAACACAAAACACCAUGGGUAGCACUGCUGCCUCUCGCCAGGGCAGUAUCUGCAAGGAGUUUGUAUAUUCUUCCUGUGCCUGCGUAGGUUUCAUCCCACACCCCAAAAACAUACAGGCUGGUUCAUCGGUGCUUUAUAAAGUUGACCCUAAUGAAUUGGAGAGGGGCUCAGAUUGUAAGCUUUUCUGGGACAUGGGCUAUGAAUGAUACAGGUAUAGGACCCAUUAUCCAGAAUGCUCGGGACCAAGGGUAUUCCGGAUAAGGGGUCUUUCUGUAAUUUGGAUCUGAAUACCUUAAGUCUACUAAAAAAAACAAUAAAACAUUAAUUAAACCCAAUAGGAUUGUUUUGCAUCCAAUAAGGAUUAUUUAUAUCUUAGUUGGGAUCAAUUACAAGGUACUGUUUUAUUUCUACAUAGAAAAAGGAAAUCAGUUCUAAAUUCUGAAUUAUUUGAUUAAAAUGGAGUCUAUGGGAGACAGGCUUUCCAUAAUUCGGAAGGCUUUCUGGAUAACGGGUUUCCGGAUAAGGGGUCCGAUACCUGUAGUAUCUCUAAAUGUCUCUGUGCUGUGUAGAUGUGUCUGCACUAUAUAAAUAACUGCUAAUAACGACCAAAACCCCAAAUCAUCUUGGCUUCUAUAAAUUCAGUUAUGGCACAGGGCCGAAAUGCCACUUAGAAGAAAGGCCCCCUUGUACGUACAGCAGGGUUCCACCAGAGUGGCGCUCAGCUCACAUGCUUCCUAGGGUGGAUGUACAUUAAGGAACCCAGAAGGUUUGGCUGCGGGGCUGAUGUUCUGUCCUAUGUGGUGUAGGGAUGAUAGGGGUUGGAAAAUAGAAGCCAAGUUCAUUCAAAACUUCAUUUCCUCUAUAAGGAUUUUAUGCUUCGAUAUAAGAAGUUUAUAGUGGUGUUUAUUGCAAAUCCUAACAAGCUAUUUCAGACUGCAAAUAUAUGCAUCAAGUACUUCCUAUGGAUUGCAAAAAAGCAACUGGCAGCCACUGCAAUGCCAUAAUACCUUACCCAUCCAGUUCAGUUCUAGAGAACUAACCUGUUAUCUUGCAUUCUAGCAGCAAGUCUGACCAAACGCCAAAUCACUUUCCUAGUUCAGUCAUCCCCGGGGGAUCUAUAUGCAGCUGCUUUCAGAAAGACCCCCAUGGCCCUCGAGCAAGCCUAGGAUCAACACUUACUGGCUGUUUUCCUCUAAUUCCUCUCCUGCUCUCCCAGAGAUCAUCUCCUACAGCCAGUAGGCUUUAGGCCCAGUCUAAACAUUUUAUCCCAUCUGAGAUAUAUAACAACUGGAUCCAAGCUGCCCCUGGCAGUGAUUGGCUCUGCUGAGCUGCAGGUGAAUGUGUAAAACAAAAUAGACCCAUUUAUAUAACCUAGGCCCCCUUCCCAAACUGCACCACAGUUGAGCACUAUCUCUGUUGCUUGAUAUCUUGCUCCAGCUCUCAGGCAUUGAGGGGCAUUUGUGUAUUUUAUUAGCAGAUACAGCAAAUGGCGUAGGAUUGUGGGGUGGGGCAGUUUGGUAGGGGGCUUUCCUUAUGUAGUGGGGUAUCAUGUAACAUAAAUGCCUCUAGAAGUAACAGCUGAUAUCCAGUUCUUUCACUCCAGAAUGCCUAUAUGCCCUGUGUUCUUACCUGUUUAUUCUAAACUGCUGCAUCAAUGACUCCCUCUUAUUCUCAUCUUGAUUGUAUGGUACAGACGCCCUCUGGUUUAUUUAUGGAUUGUAUAUUAUUGAUUUAUUAUUGCACUUAGUGCCCAUUGGGUUUGGUGGACUUUUUCUUUUAAGAUGAUGUGUGGAAUAUGCUCCAGUAAUAAAGGUUUCCAAGGAGUAGUCUCUGGUUCCAAGAUUGAGCGCUCAGAUCAAUCUCUUGUUACUGACGGGAAAUGCUAUUUAAAGUGUUUGGUAAACAAAGCACUUACCGAGGAGCAAGCAAUAUAUUGUGGAAUCUUGUAUUUUCUAUGUGUAAUAAACGGUUUUAAAAUGA